UAGCAAGUUUGACCCUCGGUCAUCGCCGUACUUCAAUGCUGUGAAGCCACUUUGUAAAUAAGGCAAAGUUAAAACACUGCCAACAAAGAAGGAGCAGUUGACUUACCUGUUCUUGUCGACCUCUGGCAGCUUUGGAAGUGACGCCCAGUGGCCGGCGUGCUGCUGCUGGACAGUAGAGCACACUGGCUUAUCACAUAGAUAACGAUAGGGGAAGCACCGAGGCAACAUUUAAGCUCUACUUGUAAUGUUUCUCAGUCUUGAUGGAGGCUUUAAAGAUACAUUUUGACUUUGCGAGCCCCAUAGUACAAGCUCAGGCAGUGAGAAAGCUUGUCGCUGCUGUGCUUAAAGAGAAAGGUCCAAAUGAGCAAAUCAGCCAGUCUUCCACACAGGGCUCUGCCAUGGAGACCCUUUGGGAGCAGUGCUGCAGUGACUGCCCUCUGGUGCGCUCAGCUUGCUGCGACGCUAUCGUGCUGCUGGUGGACCAAUGCCACGCCGACCUGCACUAUGUCCUGAACAGCGUCCUCAACUUGCUGCCCUCUUCAAGAAAUGUGCAAGGGCUGGUCAAAGUCAUUGGACAGUUGCUACAGAUGCAGGCGGACCACAGAGACAGAGACAUACAAUUCAGCUGUCCUUACACCAUCAGGAGUAGUCCCCAUCCAUACAUAACAGCCCUGGAGAACCGUUUGGACUGCUGGCCGGCCCUUCUCUCCGAGAUUGAUGACUUGGUUCAGCAGGCUGUUGACAGAAAUGAACCUGCCUACAUCACUAUGCUGGUCCCCCUCCUGUGCUUCCUCUACUGCCAACCUCAGAGGCGACCUGAGCACACCCUUCUUCGACAAGGCCUCCUUAGGGUGCUGCUCCCCACAGAUCCAGUUGGUCCGCCUGUCCCUCAGGACAAGCGAUCUCUGGUGUUCGACAGUCUGCUCCAGUGUCUAUGCCAGAUGGUGCCACGCAUGCCAGUUGAUUGUGUGGAAGCGGUGCUGGAGCUGCAUGGAUUCGUCCGUGCUCUCCUUCCCAGUCUGCUCCAGCGGUGUGAAGAACCCUGGAGGAGCGAGAGGGUGAAAAUCCUGCUCCAGCUGCUCUGUACAUGUCAGCGCUGCCUCAUGUUAAACGGAGAUUGUCGCCCUCUUGCCAGCUUGAUGAUGCAGCUCCUCCCUUCGUGCCAACAGGAGCUGCCAUUGGAUGAGCUGUUAAUGGGCGUGGCCUUGCUCCUGUUUGAGGCCCCAGCAGCACAGCAGAGUUGCUUGCUCAGUCUAGUGUUGACGUUAGUGCCCGAGCACACUGAGCUGUCUCCUUGGUUGAGUCCAGUCCUGGUUCUUCCCGUGCUGCAACUUCUGUCCUGUUCAGAGCUCACAGAGCCGCUUGCAGAGCGAUACACGCAUGCCCUCAACAAGAACCUUGCUGGUAGCGUGCUCUGCAGCAUCAGCAAGCAGACUGAUAGAGUCCAACAGUCUAUUCUACCGGAAGCCCUUCUUUUGACUUCCUGGUUCAGUGAGAUGAGAGUGGCUGUGUCCAUACUGCGUCAAGUGGUGGACCAUCCUUCAGCAGCUGUUGACUGGCUGCUGUCGCUCACCACGGCUUUGUCCAGCAACCAGUGCCUGCCGAGCUCCCUCACUCUCAUCGUCACACACCUCAUCAUCACCAGUCGGGAGGAUGUCUGCCAGUUGGCUCUGAACGCCGUUCAGGCCAUCGCGGUGGCGGAUCCCCGUCAGGUCCCGUCACUCCUUCCUGUGUUGCUCUUAAAGCUGGGCAAAGAAAAGAAUCCAGGCCUGGCUCACGCUGUUCUCAACUGCCUGCCGAACCUCGGCACGCACAAGCUGUGCAUCCCAAUGGUGCUGCAGACACUCCACAUUCUUGCAAGCAACCCCAAAUUGAAAGCUGUAGCCAUGCGACUCACUACUGUCCUCUGGAAGAAACAGGACCGAGUUUACCCUGAGCUGCAGCGUCUGAUGGCUGAGCAGAACAACAGGGUGGUGAUGGGGAGAGACACUCAGUGGGAGCAGGUGCUGGCCAGGGCUGCCUGCCUUCGGGACAUCUGCAGAGAGAGGCCUUACCAGCAUGGAAGCGACAUGUUGGCCUCUAUUGCUUUCACUCUGAAUCAGUGCACCAGACCCGACCAGGCAACCCCUGCAGCUCUUGCUGUGCAAGGACUCCAGGAGUUGUGCCGUGCAGAGGUAGUAGACAUGGUGUCAACAUGGAGAAGUCUUGGACCUGAGCUCAGGUGUGACUCUCGUCCACUGAUGGUCAAGGCCGUCGCUCAGCUUCUGGCUCUGGUUCCUCAACUCACCGUCAAGUCUGAGGAGUACGAGAAACUAAUGGAGGAGGUGGUCAGCUUUCUCUGGAGUUAUGCCCUGAGUGAGGAUCCAGAGGUGGCCAGCUGUGGUUUUCGGGCUUUGGCAGACUUUCCUGAAGUGGUUCAUACGAUAAAUCAUCUUCCUAAGGCAGCCAGGCCUGCUGUGAAGCACGAAGAUGAGCAGGAGGAGAAAGAUGAACAGGAGAAGGACCUUUCCGUGCUGGGCUCAUCUUAUGUGAAGCUGCUGGCUCUCACCGCUUCACCUGUUUUACCAGCAUUCCAGCUCUUCUUAACAUCACUGGUGAAGCAGGAGAUGAGCCAGAUGCCGAGGGGGGUUUAUUUCUCUGCCCUCAAGGGGGGCAACCUUCGUUCGGACCAGGGCAAAACUGUGGCAGGGAUCCCGUCCUUCAUGCUUAAGUACUAUGAGAAGAACAAGCAGCCUGGGCUCAAACCUGGACUAGCAGCUGGCCUGUUGCUUUGCUAUGAGCUUCCCCAGCAGACCGACCGCGAAGGCCGACCCAUUCAUCGCCUUCUUCCCAACCGCAGUCGUAGCUAUCAGCAGACCCUGGCCACUCUUAUUCACGAAGUGAACAUUCAGCCGUCCGAAUGGCACCGUGCACUGCUCCUGCCUCAGGCAUGGCGUGGCUUCAUGAAUCGCACAUUCCAUGCGGUCCUUGAGGGUCGACAUGCCGAGUUGGAAAUGAUAUGUAAACAAGGCAAAGAGAACCCGGAAGACCUUCAGUACAAGCAACACUGUGGAUGGCUGUGGGCCAGAGAUCAGUUAGCAGAUGUCAUCAAAAGUGCAACAAAGGACAGUCCCGUUAUUCAGGGAAACUCUGUGCUGGCUCUGAGCGCCCUGGCUGCUGUCGUGACUAAAUAUGAGAGCAACCUACCAGCUGAUAAUGACACCGGCCUUGGGGCUGGACCAGAGUUUGUGCCCACAAGCAGUUGGUUGGCCAUGGUGCUCGACACCCUGCUCAGCAUCAGCAGCAGCAACUACAAAGCCAAAGGUCAAGUGUUUCCAUGGUACCUGCAUCGCUCCUAUUCGGGUGACAACACAGCAAGCGCCAUCGCUCGAUCCUGCGCCAGCCUGGCCCUGUCCCUGCUUGUCCCGGUGCUGGUUCUGUGGCACCAAGACGGUCUGAACCAGGUGUUGUCAACACUGCGGACUGGUCUGCCUGGGUCGCCCACUGCAGACGACUCUCAGGCCAUACAGUUCCACUCGGGCCUGGCUCUGGGUAUGGUGCUGUCCAGCCUGCACCAUCAGCGCCUCAGUGAUGUCUCCACUCAGCCGGACGCUGAGCUCCUCCUCGACACUCUCUCUGCUCUGGAAGCUUGUUGUUUUGACACCAAUGUAGAAUACAAUACCGGCUGCAUGUUAGGUCUGGGUCUGGUGCUUUCAGCCUUCUGCAACAGUGGACAGACGCACCAUCACAGCCAUGUAACCCAAACACUAGACAAACUACUGAGCGCCUUACAAGACAGCAGUGGGCAGGGGCGCAUGCUGCAGGAGGUUUUGUCAUAUUCUGUGGCAUGUGUCAGCGUCUCGGCCUUCAGUGGAUCAAUCAUAGAUGCCAACAAGGCAGAGGAGGUCAUGAACACUCUGCGCACCUGGACGGAGGAAAGCCAGCAGACUCCAGGGUUCUCCAUGGCUUUGGGCCUAGUGGUCCAUGGCUUGUCCCGAUGCGGUCAUGGCAAAGCAGAGGACCUCCAACCUCGUCUCCUGGCUGCCUGGGUCAAGAUUUUAUUGGCUGAGGGAUGUCCCACCAUGCAGCGUCUUGCUGCUGUUAAUGGACUAGUGGCCUUGGUGGGAUCAGAGAGUUAUCUCAUUCAGCUCAAGAGUGAACAUGAGCUUUCUGCUCAUCAGCAGAGCCGACUUAAUGAGGUUAUUCGCACCAUAUCGCAGAUUGUAACCUUCUCAGGAGCGAUUGGCUUGCAGUCCAACUGUGCCUGCCUGCUGGGUCACUUGCAUUUGUCGCACAUGUUCACCGUCCAUAGUCACACAGCAGUGCCUCAGGAUUUCAGCUACCUCUCAGAGAAAAGUGUCAUCAAAGCUGUAGUGGACUUGCUCACAGAAGCUGGAAAGAAAGGUCCAGAGUUUGCCCAUCCGAGUGUGGUCAAAACAGCUCUGACAGCUCUGGCCUCUGUUGGAGCCAGCUUCCAGUACCCCCCCAUCAACUGGAGCACUGUCCUGUCCCCUCUGAUGAGGCUCAGCUUUGGCGAGGAGGUUCAGCAUCAGUGUGUGAUGCUGGCUGCAGCUCAAGCUCAGUAUUCCCAAAAUGCAUCGCUCUUUCUCAGCUCCUGGCUGUCCCCGCCUCUUGUGUACAGUAUCAGUUCCCAGACCCGGGCCUGCCUCUAUGAGAAUCUCUCCUUGUGGAUGAAGCAUGUUGCCGAGGACAAGCUACAAUUCUAUGUUGCCAUGCUGGGCCUGCAGGCCUUCCAGGAUGACCUUCAACCCCAGCGUCUCGCCCUGUGUUGCUCCCUGCUGCAGGGCCUUGCUCAGGCCAUGGCCCUGCCCAACCCACCCAACGUGUGCUGGGCGGUACUGUGCUCCACCACAGAGAAGAUCUUCAGCCUCCUGCCCAACCAAAUGAAGGCUACUGAAGUGGAUUUGUACGUUGGGAUCGCCAAAUGUUUGCGUGAGAUGUCCGAUACUGAGAUUGACCGCAUCGCCAGCGUCACUGAGGCUCAGAUGGAGAAAACCUGCUUUGUCUUGGCUUACCUGGCAUCCCAGGGCAGAAUUCCCCUCCUCGGGCUGAAUGACGUCAUCGCCAGUGUGCUCCGUGGUUGGCCGAGCCACCGAGUGGGCUGGAUUCUCGUGCAUACCUUCUACCAAUGUCGUCUGGCUGCCAGCGUUCACACAGGUGUAAGCAAACGAAUGGAGUGGCUGCUGGAGCUGAUGGGACUCAUCCGAAAUGUUGCCUAUGGCUCCACCUCUGUCACGUGUGUGGACACGAAAGUGGCCACAGACUUCCUGUUUCAAGUCUUUGCCGCCGCCGUUGUUUCCUGGGGAGACCACUCCAUGCCCCUCCUGCUCGGCAUUAGAACCUGGUGGUUCCCAUGGCAACACGUGUCCAAGCCCGCUGCCCUCCCGCACGAUCUGUACGGCGAGGAGUCGCUGACAGAGCGCAUCCUGCCCCAAUGCCUGCUGGGACUGUCACACAGCCUGCCCCUACUUCUCAACAAAGAACCAUGGAGCUGCCAGUCGCACAAGUUCAUAGAGUGGCUUCUCAGCAUCACGGAGGGACCUGAACAAAGUCUGACGAGCUCAACCAUCAACACAGCCAAAGCUGCUCUCUUGGCCCUAAGGUGUUCUCCUGAGUUCAAGAAGAAGUCAGUGUGGACCAGGGCAUAUGGCUGGUAGUCCACACACAGAAACACAGCUUCGGACCAUGCAAACGCAGUGAUGUCUAAAUAAAAGAACGCUUGCAUCUAUAUUGUAUCUUUACUUUCUAAGACACCAGUCACUUCUUUUUUGUCUUCUUGGUCCACCUCUCCAGCUGAUGUUGUCUUUCCUUCAGCGACUGCCACACUGUAAACGACGCUCCUGACAACAGCAAAGUAUAAUAGCAGUGACGGGGUUCAAGAUGCACAAUUACAUGGUGUUUUCCCCCUCUCUAUGAUAAGUCUAGUUUCAUCCUACCAAGAGCAAGAAGAGGCACGGAGGCCGUGAGAACAAACUGCUGUUGACUGGGUGAAGAAUCCGUGGAAUUCUGCAUGGCGGAGGCUUCCUGCUCAAUGUCGAGCAUUGCUUGGUAUAUAGUGACCCCUGGAGGAAGAGGAGUGGAGUGGACUACAUCAGCCAAGUUGGAAAAGGAAGAAGUUGUGCCCACUUGGAUGAGGCGUGGAAGUAGUUUGGCCUCCUCAAUCCCAUCUGCGAUGUGGAAAAGCUCCAAGAUGGAGAGCAGCUGGCAGAGGCUCAUGACAAGGCCAAUGGCGUAAAAAGUGUCUGCAAUGGCAUCUGUGCUGGCAAAAAAAAAACUGCAGAAGGUUGUAGGAGAAGAUGUAGCCAAGCCUGAAGCUGAGCCUGCAGGCAACAAUAGGAGCACAUGAACAGGCAUGAAUUUACAUAGUAAAAUAAGUUAGAUCAUCAGUAAACCAUACAGUCUUUAAUGCUGCGUCAAACUUACAUGUUGUCUCCAGAGUCUUCCUCUUGUUGCAAAUAAGAGAAGCUACUUAUUGCGGUCAAAGAAUGUGAAGAUCCAACAUUUUCCUCCCCCUCCAGCUCAUAGUGUUUUUUCACCCCUCUCUUUUUCUACUUCAAUACCGGAAGCAGGAAAAAGCUGCAACAUUUGCCUCGGCUUCGCUUCCUCAUAUUGGUGGUUGGUGCUUUAUUUUGAAUACUCCACGUGUGUCAAAUAUAAACACCAACCGUGAAUUAGUCUACUUCAUAUUAGUAAAGACAUACAAUUUGGAGCUCAGUGGUCGUGGUUUAUACUUAUAGUAAAUUUUGUUUAGUGUGUCUUAAGAGUUCAACUUGUGCUGCAGGCCUUGAUCUUUCUUCAGCCUGCAUUGACCUCUUCAGGCCAAAGCCAGAAUUGCCGAUACAUUUUACUUGAAAUUUUUUCAAGCUCACUGAUUGAUUUUGUGAUUCUGCCUUUGAUUUGUUGAUCAUGAUUAGAAUCAGAAUAAAACACAGGACAAAUAUUUUCGGCAACCAAAGUAUGUUUAUCAACUAAUUUAUUUUUUUUUUGCACAAAAUGUGCAAUAUAAAAUAUGACUGAAAAUACUGUGCAAUAUAUCACUACUCAUACUCAAUAACAUGACUUCAUUAUUUUAUCUUUCUUAAACUAUUGUUUAAUUCUAUGCUGUACAUGUGUAUAUUUUUCUACAUUUUUAUGUAAUUAAUAUAAAAGUGGAAGGCCUACAAGCAUACAUUUCCCAUCAAUUCAUUCUGCGUACAGUAAUACAUAAAUACAAAAAAAUAUAUCAUGUGAUUUACAACAAAGUCAACAUAAUCAAAAAGUCUCUAAUCAAUGAGUGCUUAUGGAGAGCUCUUCAUUUGUUCUGUCUGAUCUUAGUAUAAGAUGCAUGAACUGAUGAGAACAGAUUUAGUUCAUAGAGAGAGCUCCUGGAUUUCUCUGCCCGCGAUCACGAAGAGACACAAAAGUUGAGAGAUUUUGAGAAUUAUAUUAGAGCUUGUUGAGAUCUCUUCUGAAACUUUAGGAGAGACUAAAUUGAGAUUUAGUGCAUCUUAUUGCUCUGGAGAAAAAAAUGACACACAGGAGAAAUCUGAGUUUGGUGUCACACAGAUCUCAAGUUUGUCUAGGAGUAAGUAAAUGACACAUUGUUGACAUCUUUUUGAAUGUUUUUUCCUCUGGGAAGGGUUAUUUUUAACCAGUAUAUAGAUAGCCUUACAUUGGCUGGAUAUUUGAGUUGGCCACCGUAUUCGCAGUUAAGUGUAAUUUUUUUGCUGCUUCAAUGUUAGCAUAAGGUCGGCGCAGUUUAUUGUUUUACUUACCUGGCUGGUUGGAAGAAGUCUGGCGUAGCGUGUCGAAAAUGGGGCACUCUGUACACCGUGAGAGUGGUGCGCCCUCCUUUAUAUGACACGAUGGCAUUGCAAAUGUUGCACAUGUAUUGGCAAAAUCAGUAUUUCCACUGUAUGAACUUUUACUAUGUUUUAAUCCAAUUAGUUUUGUGUGAAUUUUUCACCCCUGACCGUUGUUUCAUCCUUCUCACACUGAGCUAGAUGUGUUCGAUGUGGCCUGUCGGCGCUAUCGCACAGCUGGUUUCUUUUGAAUAGCGGGAGUGUUCGAUUCCCUUUUCGAAGAAAAAAAAGAAGUUCCUCACUCCUGUAUCUUCCCACGCUGAUAUAUGCCUGUUUGUGUCUUUGUUCCUCGCACUUCUAGACA